AUGCUUGCAGAGGAAACAAUUGUUAAGCUACGAAACGGAAAUUCUUCAAAUGAAAACACUCGCGAGUUAAACCAGGCCAAAGAUGAAAUUAAGGAACUGACCUACAAGCUCAAUCAGAUACCCCCAACUGUACCUGAGAAAAAGGAAUCUCCUGGGUCCACAGAACAGUUGAACAUAGCCAAUGACAAAAUAAAGGAUCUGAACAACAUGCUCGAACAGAACAAAGAGCAGUUGAACAAAGCCAAUGACAAAAUAAAGGGACUGAACAACAUGCUCGAACAGAAGGAGACGGAAUGCGAAAAUCGAAAACGGGAACUCAAAAAAGCUCAAUCAGAACUGGAUAACUUGUCAAAGAAAGAAACAGUUGCCAGGCGCUCUUCUGAUGAGGUUGAAUCUUCGAAAAUUGCAACUUUGAAAGAGGAUUUAAAGAAGAGAGCACAAGAAAUAGAUCGCAUUAAGGCUGAACUAAACACAGCUAACGAAAACAAAGAUACAGAAAUUGCAUCCCUGAAAAAACAUGUCGAAGAGCUUAAAACCACAACCAAUCAAAGCAGUGGUUCGAUCGACACUAAGAAAUUGCAGAAACAACUGGAGCAAAACAAACAAGAAAUUGAUCGACUAUCGUCCGAACUAGGAGGCGUGAAGAAGAACCUUGAAAUAAAAAAGGAAGAGGUUCUCAGUCUUAAAGAUGAAAAGAAAGCAAUAGAGAGUGUUUACAGGAGCCAGCUUACAAUGUUAAAGUCCAUUAGAGAAUCGCAAAAAAAUUCUUCAAAGACGAAUACCGAAAUGCAGGACAAAAUUGAAUUUAUGGAAAAGAAGAUCAAAGACAAAGACACAGAAAUUGGAAAGAAAACGUCUGAAAUAGACGGAUUGAAAAACGAAAUCGCUGAUUUAAAGAAGGCUUGUCAUGACGCCUUUGUAAAAUUGGAAACCAAAGAACGUGAAACAAAGAAAUUAGAAGAAGAUUAUAAAAAGAAGAUUAAUCAAAAGGAAGAAUCACUAUCUAGACCGGACAUACAAGAUUUGAGUGAUUCUAACAGACCUUCAAAACUUGCGGAGAGACUUUUUGAGCUGUAUGACAACGAGUGGACAAAUUGCUACGAAACAGUUAGGAAGCAGUUCUCAACAGAGCAAUCAGCGGUACAAAUGUUGCUGCGGACGUGCGUGAAAAUAUACAAUAGUUGUACUUUGAUUGCAACCAGCGACGUUCACGAUCUGCAACGUGCCUUUUCUACCUUCAGCGAGGAGAAAGAUGACGUAUUACUGAUUCAAAUAAAACAACGAAGAAAAAGAGCCCGUCAAGUGGACAUUGAUUUUAAACGAAUAACGCAGGGCAUAGGUGAUAACGUAGCGGACAUUUUAGGACCAGAUCUAAUAAGAAAUCUGCACGUGCGUGCCUUCUGGGUCAAAUGUCUGGAAAUCUGUUGGUUGAUGGUGAUUCAAGACCCACCAGUUUAUAUGGAUAUCGAAAUUGAUAAACAAGGUCAAAUGUUUGAUCACGCGGCGUACCGACCCUACACUCAGACUGGAUAUGAGUUUGACUACGUAGUUUGGCCAGCGCUAUAUACACAUCAGGGUGGAGACAUUCUGCACAAAGGAGUCGCUCAAGGGAGGGAAAGUUCGGAUUCAGUAGGAGGAAAACGUAGAGGCAUCCUGGUGAAAAAUUAAUCGCCAUGCACAGAUGAUAAUAUUUGCAGACAUGGACAGGAACUUUCGAUUGUGACAUGUUAAAUCCUUAUCAACGUUAUAUUUAUAUGGAUGAUGUUAGUUAUAGUGUUCAAAUGCGAUGAUUAAUUGCAUAUUGAAUAUUUCUUGUAUUGAAAAAUAAAUUAAUAUUCUCACGUCCUCAAAUUCAUAAUUUAUGUUUACUAAGAAUGUCGUUUUUAAUGUGUUGUAUGUUAUACUUACUUCGUUCAAAUUGAAAGAACUAGAUGGUGUAUUGCGAUUUAACAACCCAUUGGAUAAAGAUAUAUGAAAGCUUUAGUAUUGCGCAAAAAGAUUAAACAUCGAAAAUGCAUUCAUGUACUCGUUCUAACAAUGAUUGCAUACUUGAAAUAACGAACCGUUCGUAAACUAACGGUACAUGCUAAGUUAUUUUUUUUAAAUCUUCACAGUGAAAUAAAACUUGAAUUCGUCACCAAUCGAUUACUACGCGCAAUUUACAAAUCAUAAUUGAUUACAACGAACGGCGAUGGUUGUUUAGGUGAGUGAUCGUUCUUACACGGUGCAAAAACAAUAUUGUUUAGAAAUACUGGAUUGUUUUUCGUUUGUAGUGAGUUAAAACUUUUUCUGAUAGUACAACAUAUAAACAAGUACAACGGUCAUUGAGAUAGCACCAUGAAGCUUAAGGUAUGGGAGUGUAGUUAUCGGAUACAUAUCCAAACCAAGUUUGUUUCACUGUCCAACAUAACAUGUAUUUAAAAUGCGUUUUCUAUUAAAAAAUAUACAUAUUUAGAAUUAAAUGAGAAAAACGGUAAUGCGUAUGCGUAUGUCGUAAAGAUGGUUGUUUCUUCCAAUCGAUCGACCCAAACUUGUCGUGCGGCCAAUGCUUUUAUGUGGCCUUGAAGGGGUAAGGGGUAAGCUUAUAUUCGCCGCAUUGUAUAUUUGUCUCAAUUUUAAGUUGAUUGUAUUGAGUCUCAGAUGGUCUGAAAUAAAUUUUAUCUAUAAUAGUUUCUUUUGUACUUGAUGUCCGCCGUCCGUCCUUCAAUCCGUAUUACUUUUAUUUCCGAGAGAAAUCUCCGUAGCUCAUGAUUUGAAUUUUAAUAAAUUUCAAUAAAUUUUGAUAUGCAUCCCUAUAGAGCAGACAUACGCAUCUUUGUCAGGUCGUUCUGGAAAGCAUGAUCUGAUUGGAUGAUUGAUGAAAUAUCACUUCCGAUUAAAAUUUCGCAUAUUGCCUUGCCGUUCCUCUUCAGUGAGUUUUCAGAGAGAUGCCCUUGAACUUUAAUAUGUUGCCACACAAUUUAACAAUAUAUCGACAAAGCAUAUUAUCGGGAGCAUCAAUCGUUUUCAAUUAUAGCUUUUUUUGGUAUUAUUAACAUCGAGAUGCAUACAACUUAGGUAACGAUUGUUAAAUUCAUUUCAGUUAUAUCUAGGCGGUCAGUUAACUUACACUUUUUCCUAAGUAAGCUGGAUCACCAGUACUAAGUGUAAACUAAUGCCACCGUUAUGCUAGAAUCCAAGAAAGGGGAUGAAUGGCCUUCGAAUCUACUACAUGACCAAUCAUCUAACAUUGCAUUUUGAAAAUAAAUUAAAUUUCAAGUAAAAGCAAUACUGUAUGACCGGGUUGAAAAUCGAACACGCAAUCCUAGGAUUGGUAGUUAAAACUGUUCUAGCCGGAAAGAAUUUGUAAAAUAAAUCGUUUGCUUGCAAACUAAAUUUGUCGUCAAUCAGCCCAUUUAAAAAAAACAAUUACAGUGCCUUUAAGUGAUGUGGAUGGAAUAUUUACAACCAACAUGAUAUCAAGUGAAACCAUUUAAAAUUAACCGUAUAUAAUUGCGUUUUACUCAUCAACAAGGCUUCUAACGAUAUGUUUAUACUUCAGAGAAUUGAAGCAUGGUGGCGCCUAAUAAAGAGAUUUUGCGUAUAUUUCUAGUUGAAGACAUUAUUCAUGUUUUAAAAACAACAACUCUUUUCAAUAGC